GGUUGUACAGAACAACGAUGAGUGUUAGUAAGAUGUAAAGCCUUUAACGUAUUAAUAAGUGCUUCCUAAAUAUGUCAGCAUUGUCUUGUCUAACACUUCAAAAAAAAUGGUAUCUCCUACAUUUACUGGUUUGGCCUUCCUGUUAGUAAUAGGGAACAUUUGCAGUGGAGUGCUUUGGGUUUGACCCUGAACCCCAAGCCCUCCCACUUUUUCCAUGCUCAAUGUGCUCUUCUUCCUCCAUAGCCUAGGCACGACAUCUGGCGUCCUCUCUGGUGCGCUAUACAAUGCGUUCUCCACCAUGUCAACUCCCCUCCCUUUCCACUUGUGAAUGUUCUUUUCUUUGCUGCCUUCGCUGCCUCUAAGCCGAGAGAACAUCAUGUACACUUAUAUGCUUACUUCACUGCCUCCAACCCCAGCGAACAGGGAAAGGAGCACAUCCAAAUCGCGUCUGCUGCUGUGUUGGCAUCUGGCAUCGAUUCGCUUCGGCCACAUCACGUGGGAGACGGGCAGCGGACCUCAGCAACUUUAGAACAUGUUCAUAUGACGAAGCUCAACUCACAGAACGUCAUGGAUAUCAAUUUCACCCUGGUUGUCACUUUUUGAAAGCUUUCAAAAAUUGUGUGGAAACAUCGUUUCCACAUAAAUUAUCUUCUCGGCCAAGGUUUUUUCUUCUUCUUUUUGGUUCCUUCUGUUGUCAUGGACGGGGGUACCAGGUGACUUUAACUCAACAAAUGACGAUGGACAACUAGCUGAGUGACACACCGUUACAGAAGAUGAUGUCCUACCAAGAAACAACACGGAAAGGACAACAAAUCAGUUGUUAAAAACAUGUGUCCAUAAAGUUGAAUGAACAGCACCAGUCCAUCCAUUCCUUUUGAGUCCUCUUUACUUCAGAAAAGGUACCAAGGGGGAUGAUGAUGAGGAAGGUUAGGGUGCUGAGGAAGAUCUUUCACGUCCAAAGAGACGUGAUGUUCACCAUGGUGUUGCUGCUGUUCUUCUGCCUGCUCCUCUACACUCAACAGGUUCUGCUCCAGUCGGGCUGGGACAGAACCGUGUGGCGUCUGGAGAUCGAGGGCUCCACCAGCUCCAGCCGGGUUCUGCUGGGAGCGGUGAGGACCAGAACCGGCUCCGGGUCUCAAGUAGCUCAUGCAGGCCCGGAGGUCCCCGCCUGCAAGACCCAGCCCGACGCCAGAGCCCGGCAGCCUGACCCCAAGCGGAAGGUCAAACCCAGUCAGGCGCCACUCGCCAAAACUAAGAGGAAACGCAAAGGGCUGCGGGGGAGAGUCACUCCGACAAAUAACUCGGGUGACGUAAAGCCGACGAUGCCGCCGUUUGACUUUGAGGCUUACCUGAGGGAGAAGGACAACCGAGACUUCGGGCUGCGCAUCGAUCAGCCUCAGAAAUGCAUGAUGGGAGAGGGAGAGCCCGACGGACCCUACAUGCUCAUUGCAGUCAAAUCUGUCGCCGCAGACUUUGACAAGCGCCAGGUGGUGCGUCAGACGUGGGGUCGGGAGAGGCCGUCCCAGCACGGCGUUACCCUCCGUACGGUGUUCCUCCUGGGGGUACCCCGGAACCAGAGCGCCCUGCCCCUGUGGGACCGCCUGCUGCUCUACGAGAGCAACGCCUACAAGGACAUCCUGCUCUGGGACUUUGAGGACACCUUCUUCAACUUGACGCUGAAGGAAACUCAUUUCCUCCAGUGGGUCAAUAGCAGCUGCCCACAUGUCAGGUUCAUCUUCAAGGGCGACGCGGACGUCUACGUGAAUAUCGAGAACAUCCUGGAGAUGUUGCAGGAUAAAAACGCCAGCGAGGAUCUGUUUAUCGGUGACAUCAUCGUCCACGCCAAGCCGAUCCGCAAGCGCACCUCCAAGUACUACGUGCCAGAGUUUAUGUACGGCGGCGGCUUGUACCCGUCCUACGCCGGAGGGGGCGGGUUCGUCAUGUCGGGCCACACGGCCCGCAGACUCAGCGCUGCGUGUCAACAGGUGGAGUUGUUCCCCAUCGACGACGUCUUCCUAGGGAUGUGUCUCCAGCGCAUCGCCGUCAAGCCCUACCCCCACAAGGGGUUCCGGACGUUUGGCAUCCCCCGGCCGUCCGCCGCGCCCCACCUCCAGACCUUUGACCCCUGCUUCUACAGGGACCUCAUGGUGGUCCACAGCCUCACUCCUCCCCAGAUCUGGCUCAUGUGGAACCUCCUCCACGAUCCCCACCUCCGCUGCCACACCGGGGGGACUCCCUCGACGGGAGCCUUCCGGUGGAGCGAUGGUGGAGCUGGAGGAAGAGCUGGAGGAAGAGCAGCAACAGUAGACCCAAAGGAGGGAGAGGAAUUACAGACUACAGACUAUGGAUUGGAGGAUGUGUUUGUGAAGCAUUAGUCUGUUUUGGGGGGGGGGGGGGGGGGGGGGGGGGGGGUCUGAGUGGGAGCUAGGUCGACAUCUUUAAAGCAGGCCUUUAAACUGCUUUAAGUUACGAGUCAGGUGAAUGUUUUUCCUUUUUGAAACUGACAAGAGACAUGGUUAUUUGGGUUUAUUUAGGCUAGUCUUAAUGGGGACAAGCACACUGAUUUAAGAAUGUGAAAACAAACUCUGCAGGUUAUGAGUGCAAUUAUAUUUUCUGUCUUGUGUUAUUGUUUUAAAUGACAAUGCAGCCAUGUGAGGAAGGCAAUGGACAAAUAAUUAUAACAUGUUGAGCAAAGUUUUAAGUGUUUCCUACCCACAGCAGAACAGAGACAAUAGACUGCAUGGACCCUACAUCCCUGAAGUGGGUUCCUGUUGUACUUGCACAUAAAAGUUAUGAGUUCUGUCUUGAAAGACACAUUCCUCAUCUCUGCAUCUGAGCUGUCUGUCUGCACAUGGACUCUUCUCUUUAUUGGAUUUCUUAAAUGAGGACCAGGAGUACCCUGGGCAGAAAGUGCUUUGAUUUUGAUUCAAAUCCAAACGUAUUUCCUCCUUCAAGAAGGGCUUCCUGUUCUCUCACACAAAUCGUGCCAUAAAAGGAUUUCUAUUGUC